UCCCCCAACCAUAUUCCUCAACUCUCCACCAAUUAUUAGAAACCUAAAUUCAGGAGAGAUUCCCCCCUUUACCCUUUUUCCCUCUCCCCUCGAUUCCGAUCCCGAUUCCGAUCUCCCUCUCCGCCGCAAAUCGGAGCUGCUCCGCCCGCCGGAUUCCCCCCACCACCAUGGACCCGCUGGGCCCGGGCUUUCCCGGCGCCAAUCCGUCGCGGAAGAAGGAGAUCCAGCUGCAGGGUCCACGGCCGCCGCAGCUCCGGGUCAGCCACGAAUCCCGCAAAAUCAAGAAGCCGCCGCCGCACCCCCAGGCCGGCCGCCCCCCUCUGCCCCCGCCGGCGCCGGCCCAGUACCCCCAGCCGUUGAUCAUCUACGACAUCUCCCCCAAAGUCAUCCACGUGGCGGAGAACAAUUUCAUGUCGGUGGUACAGCGCCUGACGGGGUUGUCCUCGUCGUUGGCCGCCGCAGACUCGUCCGCCGCCGGGGACCUCUCGCCGGCGGCCAGGCUGGCGACAAUCGAGAAGGCGAGCCCCCGGCCGGAGCGGGAAAGGGAAAGGGAAAUCGACGUCAGCGAUAUGAUGAUGGAGAUGGCGGACGUUUCGGUGGAAUUGGGGCAGGUGCCAGGAAUUCUAUCUCCGGCGCCGGCGAGUUUGGCGCCGAUUCCGUCGGGAUUCUUCUCGCCGGCGGCGUUUGAGCUGAGCCCGCAUUGGCCGGCUUCCAGUUUCUUGGCCAGCCCUUCGGCUCUCCUCUCAGCGCCUUUGGUUUCCCCAAUUUCUCCCCCAAAUUUCUACAACAAUCUCUUUGACUUGCUCAGCUAAGUUCUCUCUCUCCUUUCUCUCUCUAUAAAAAUCAAAGAGAGAACAUUUGGGUUUUUUUUUUUCUUUUUGUAAAGUAGGUAAUUUGUAGAACAUUUCCUUCUUAGCAAUUCAUUAAUUACCCACAAAAAUGUAGUUUUUUCUUCUUGAUGCUAUAAAUAAAUA